AUGCACUGGCUACUGUCAUUCAUCCUCUGCAAGCCCUGGCCUUGCUCUAGCUUUGGUGUUGCUUACAUUGCUCAGGCACUGGACUGCUUAGAACCAGCUGUAACUCAAAGCUGUUUUCGUGCUUUAAGGGGAGAUCACGUUGGUAUCAGAGUACAAGAAAAUGAAUUUGAUCCAAAAGGACAAAGGCAGCCCACCUUUCUAAAUGGCAUGGUAAUGACCAGACUUCCUACUAUUCAGCCUUUCAAGCUCUCCCUGCAUCCAUUUGCCAUGCUGACUGCCCCCAAAGCUGCAGAGUACACCCGGAAGCUGAGAAGCUACAGAAGCAAAACAAGGAGUCCCCCCAGCGAAGCCUGGACCAUAUUUGAAAGCAAAGAAUGCAAAGGAAGCAAAUACUUAACAAAGACCCAUGCUUCAUGUACCUCACUUAGUUGUAUGUGAACUAGCUCGUGUCUUCUAGCUUGGCUUUGGUAACACAUUUGUGACUUGAGGAGGGUGUUGCUUUUUUUUUUUUUUUUUUUAAAUCUUGGUAGUCAUUCCUGCCAUCCCACACCUCAUAUCUUGAACCCAACACUUUAAAUCCCUUCUCUUCCCUUUGCUUCCACUCUUCUGCUUCUCUGAUAAUGUUUUGGGAGCUUACAUUUUCUCAGCGUAUCCCUACUGCUUCUCAAUCCACCACGCUAUUUUUACAGAGACAGAAAGAGCAUGCAGCACUCCAGAGGCAGGUAUUACACAUUUUCCCUUGCCUUCAGUGCUGUGCAGCUCCUACCCAUGAUCCAGAGUUGGACAGGAAUGAACAUCCCUGCAUGUGACAUGCCUGUUAGGAUAACUACUUUCUUCAGCUGUUCCAUUUAACCAUCCUGCUUUCUUAUUUUCCUUAAAGAAUUCAGCAGUAAAAAAAAACCCACAAAGACAGAAACAUAACUGUCCUGUAUUCUCCAUUUGUAGGUCUGUAGUGGUUUGGCUUAGCUGCAUCCGUGCUAUACAAACCAAGAAACAAAUACCUUCCCCUGAUAGACUGUCACAACCUUCACCCUUGCAUGAAAUUCUCCUUGGAAUAUAAGUUGGGUCACAUCAUUCAUCUUUACAUCCCUUUCUUCGU